AUGCCUGGUAGAGGAAUUCGUUGUACUGUAAAUAUGGAUAUAUGGUAUUCUAUUGAUGGAGGAUUGGCCAUAGCAAGAAUACAAUGCAACUAUAUCAUGCCUAGUGAGUCUAUUAAACCCAAAAAUAUUGUGCCAAUUAAGUCUAUGAAAACCAAGAGCUUUACAUCUAAUUUGAUUAAUGAGCCAUGUUCAUUGACUCCUCCUCCAUUACCACCAAAGCCUUUUGCAUUAAUUCAGCAUAGUGCAAGUGCGCUUAGCUUUAUUGAUGUUGAUGAACCUACUGAAAGAAACGAGACACAUACAGUAUUUUACAAUACAUUAUAUAUUUUUCGUGAUGAUCCGAUGGCCUCACAGGAGAUCCUUGAAGUUGUUAGAGAUCUCUUACUUAAGAAAAAGGUUAAUGGGAAAAAAGGUCGCAAACCUUUAGCCGAUACUUCUAACUUACAAGAAGAGGUGGUAAAAAAGCCAGUCCCUCCAAAAUCAGAUUUGUUAGUUUCUUCUGCUCCUGUUGCUAAAAAACGAAGUAUUAGCAAAGUUUUAGAUGUUUCUGCAGAUAUCCCACUGUGGAGUGAUGGGACUAUAGAUAUUUUGGAAAUUUUAAAGACUGCAGUACGUGACUUUGACCAAGGUAUAAUAGCUUUAGGUUCCUCCCGUUCAUACAAAAGUUCAAAUCACUUGUAUGUAAACUCUGAGCAUUAUAUCAAAGUUUCAAGGGAAAGUACAUACGAUGCUGAAAUGUACCGGGUUCUAGUAAAUUGGUUAAGAAAGAUCUAUGGAUAUGAGAUCACUGGCCAGUGGCAUCUCGAACAA